AUGCAAACCUGCCCAGCAUGUGGGCGCGAUGGCCUUACUUUCACUGGUCUUAGCCAACAUCUGGCGAAGAGUCGAGACCCCCGCUGUCAAGCGCUCUAUCGAUCACGUCAACCAGUCAACUCCACAUCCGCUGAAGACCACCAUAUGGAAGACGAGGAUGAACCGGUUGAACCACCCGUCUUUGAAGGUGACGACUUCGAGGGCGAGAACUAUGGCGAGGUAGACUAUGAGAUGGAGUGGCGUGAUGACGUAUCCGAGUCUGAGUAUGCUGAUAGCGACUCAGAUGAUGGCGGCAUAUCCAUGGAACCAGAGUGGGAGCCUCCUGUCCCUGAUCUUGUGGGAGAACAGCCGCAGGUCCAGGAAGAUGAAGUUGCCGAAGAAGAUCCUGGCCGUGAUGAUCGCCUGCGAGUUCAAGAGCGUGCGCAAGGACAGCAUGGUUUCAUAGCUGUGCCAUAUCCAGAUUCACGAGCAGGCCAAGAGAUAAGGCACCAUGCUGACGACGAUGCCGCCAAUGCCAGAUAUGGAGCGCAGUUCGAUGAUGGAAAUAACCCGUAUUUUCCUUUCUGCUCCCAGAUUGACUGGGAGAUCGCAAGGUGGUCGAAACUUCGCGGACCUACUUCCACGGCAUUUACAGAUCUGCUAGCAAUCAAUGGAGUUAGAGAGUCUUUGGGGCUCUCCUUCAAAAACGCGAAGGAGCUAAACGCGAUUAUCGACAACGAGUUGCCAACGGGACGCCCGAAGUUCAAGUGUGAACAGAUUGUUGUUGCUGGCGAGGCUUUUGAUGUGUAUCACCGUGAUGUUAUCGAGUGCAUCGAGGCACUCUACGGGGAUCCCGACUUUGCAGAUUAUCUCGCUUUCACUCCAGAGCGGCAUUAUGCCGACGAAGAUCAAACCACGCGCUUGUUCCACGACAUGUACACUGGGAAGUGGUGGUGGGAUACUCAGAAAAAACUUGAUCAACACUGCCCCGGGGGCACAAUCAUACCAAUCAUCAUUUCAUCCGAUAAAACCCAAGUCACCAUGUUUCGCAAUAAGGCCGCCUACCCCGUUUACCUGACAAUUGGAAACAUACCGAAGGAAAUCCGUCGUAAACCUUCCCGCAGUGCACACAUCCUCCUUGGGUAUCUGCCCACCACCCGCCUCGAACACAUCCCUAAUAAAGCUUCUCGCCGUCGCACUAUCUCCAACCUAUAUCAUGCAUGCAUGUCUCGCAUACUGGGCCCACUCGAAAGGGCAGGAUUGGAUGGUGUUAAGAUGCGCAGUGGUGAUGGCGCUCUUCGCCGCUGUCACCCUUUGUUUGCCUCCUUCGUUGGCGACUACCCAGAGCAGCUCCUUGCUACUGGCGUGAAGUUUAUGGAGUGCCCCAAAUGCGAUAUCGAUGCCGACGACACGGGGAGCAACACAGCAGCCUUUCACUUGCGCAAUCUGGGCUCAGUGCUAGAUGCGCUCGCUGCUCUUGAUCAAGGAAGUCUUGCAUUUGUCCGUGCAUGUGCCACUGUAGGCAUCAAGCCCAUUGUUCACCCGUUCUGGGAGGAUCUCCCCUUUGCGAACAUCUUUCGCGCUAUCACCCCUGAUGUACUGCAUCAGCUGUACCAGGGACUAGUGAAACAUCUUGUCCAGUGGCUUUCGGAAGCAUGUGGAGCGGUAGAAAUCGAUGCUCGAUGUCGACGUCUCCCUCCGAACCACAACAUCCGACUAUUUACGAAAGGUAUCACUACCUUGUCACGUCUGAGUGGCAAGGAACAUGCCCAGAUUCGCCAAUUUCUACUGGGAAUCAUCAUUGACAUUCGCUUACCAAAUAAUUUGAAUGCAGGUCGCCUCUUACGAGCAGUGCGGGGACUACUGGAUUUCUUGUACCUCGCACAGUAUCCUUGCCACAGCUCCGAAACUCUAGAACUAUUACACGCGGCACUAGACACUUUCCACGACAACAAGGGUAUUUUUGUGGACCUUGGUAUCCGCAACAAUUUCAAUUUACCGAAGCUCCACGCCGCUCGCCAUUACCCCCUCAUGAUCAUGCUGUUCGGUACAACAGAUAAUUACAAUACUGAGUACACCGAACGCCUCCACAUCGACAUCGCGAAGGACGCUUACCGUGCGACAAACCACAAGGACGAAUUCAUUCAAAUGACCAUCUGGUUAGAACGAAAGGAAAAGAUAUUUCGCCACGACAAGUAUAUUCACUGGCGGAUUUCUGGUGGACGCGAGUCUGUCCCUCAUCAUCCACGUCCUCCUGAUAUGAGCUUUCGUCGUGAGCAAGUCAUGACGAAACAUCCUAGUGCAAAGGCUGUUAGCUUGCAGAAACUCGUCAACGAUUACGGCGCGACCUAUUUCCGCGAGGCGUUGGCACGCUACAUUGCUCGACUCAACUGCUCCCCUCACCAUGUUCCACGAGGUCAAGAACUUGACGACUUGGCAAUCGAUAUUCAUUUUCCUUUCCGCACGCUACCCGUUUUCCACAAGAUUAAGUGGCUGUCAUUGGAUACUCGUGGCCAUGGCGAUGCAUCUGUCACGCUGGACAGUAUACAUGCUAAACCACAGCAUCACUCUGGUUCUCGUCUGGUGGCUCGGCGAUCUGAUACAGCAUUGGUGGAUCGGAUGACAGGUGCUCCAGGGUUGAAAGAUUUCCGGGUGGGCCAAGUUCGUGCAAUCUUUGCUUUGCCACCCACAUCAAUACCGAUGCUAUUUUCACCUACUGUCCAAGUACCCAGUCAUCUUGCAUACAUCGAGUGGUUCACGCCGUUCCCCCCAGCACCUGACCGGAACCAUGGUUUCUACAAGCUCUCUCGGGCACUAGCACGCGGUGGAGAGCGUUUGGCUUCCAUUGUGCCCGUCGCCAAUAUUUUGUGCAGCACCCACCUUGUCCCAAGAUUUGGCGCUGUUGCGCCACGUGAGUGGACGAGUGGUACUGUCCUAGACGACUGCGAGAGUUUCUGGUUGAACUUGUACUUGGACAGACAUACCUUUGCGAAGUUCAAAUAA